UGUCAUGCAAUCACUCUACUCACUGUAGGUUGACUGACGCCGAAAUCGUCACCACUACACAGUUGCAUUUUACCAGUAGCUAGGAAACGAAGCGUAAUGGCGAUCUUCAUCUCAGCGUCGAUUGAGAAAUUUCGUUUCGUAGGACUCAUGUACAGGAAAUUCUGAUAUUGUGGGUCCAGGGGGAUGUAACUCUUGUGAAGUCGGUUUUCGAAAGUCUCAUUUUACAGAAACUAUAAGAUGUUUACCAACCGAUACUAAUUCCUGCCCCGACAGUCAUCAUCUAACUCCCGUUAAAAUAGACAAUAAUAAUCUACUAGGUGGAAAAAGGAUGUGUGAACCUUGUCAUCGACUGUGUCAGACAUGUUACGGGGCCAGUAAUAUGAAUUGUAAUAAAUGUAAAUUUUUCAAGGCCGAUUCGUGUGUAGAAUUCUGUCCAACUAUGACAUUCGGUAAUAAAGCGACACAGAAGUGUGAACCAUGUUUUGACGAGUGUCGAAGUGGAUGUCGAGGAUCAGAAAGUACAGAUUGCUUGGCAUGUAAAAACUUCAAAAUCUACAUCGGUGAGGAUGAUAAGAGGUUUAACUGCACGGAUGAAUGUCCACAACAUCUACCAUAUUCAGUGUUGGAUAACAACACAAAUAGUGAAACAGCAUCUAGAACAGUUUGUGCUGAUAAUACCCAUCCAGAAGUCAUCGCUUUAUUAUCACGUAACACUGAAGAUGAAAAGAAGAAAAUGGCUAUAAUUGUUGCUCCAUCUGUAGCCGGUGUACUGAUUGUAGCUGUUUUGAUCGCUUGUAUAGCUUGGGACUGUCAAAAACGAGCUAAAGCCAAGGAAAAAACGGCAAAACUUACGGCCAAGAUGACUGGCUGGGAUGAGGAAGUGCCUCUUACACCUACGACAGCUAAACCGGACCUUGCUCAGUUAAGAUUGAUAAAGGAAUACGAUUUACGACGUGGAGGUAUUAUUGGCUCUGGAGCAUUUGGUACUGUCUAUAAAGGAUUUUGGAUUCCAGAAGGUGAAAAUGUUAAAAUUCCUGUGGCUAUAAAAGUUUUACAGGAAGGAACCUCACCCAAUCAGAAUAAAGAAUUGUUGGAAGAGGCUCGUGUCAUGUCGUCAGUAGAACAUCAGUAUUGUGUCAGGAUAUUGGCAGUCUGUAUGACGGCACAAAUGAUGUUAAUAACGCAGCUCAUGCCUCUCGGAUGUCUUCUGGAUUACGUGCGAAAAAACAAAGAUCACAUUGGAUCGAAAGUUUUGUUGAAUUGGUGUACACAAAUAGCUAAGGGUAUGGUUUAUUUAGAAGAGAGAGGUAUUGUUCACAGAGAUUUGGCAGCUAGAAAUGUUCUGUUACAUACACCAACCCAGGUAAAGAUUACAGAUUUUGGAUUAGCGAAAUUAUUGGAUUAUGAUGAAGUCUUAUCAGGCUGCAGAUGCCUAUAAAAUGGCUGGCGUUAGAAUGUAUACAACACAGAAUAUUUACACAUAAAAGUGACGUCUGGAGUUACGGUGUUACCGUCUGGGAAUUAAUGACAUAUGGACAGAAACCAUACGACAGUAUUCGUGCCCGGGAUGUU